AUGCCUGCUGGACUCAAGGCAUGGUUUUACACUCCAGAUAUAAACUCCACAAUCAUGAAACACGCCUUUCAUGCUCACAAAAAUUCUGUUUUGUAUGAACUCGGACUUGUACUUGCUCAAUUGGAAUUAUCAGAAAAACCUUGUGUUUCGCCAGAGAGGCUGAUCAAUAUUAUGAAAAUAGACCCUUCACUUCAACAAGAUGCACUUGAAUUUGAAAAACUAUUUGUUUCCGUGGUGGAUUUGGAAAUAGCGAGCUUAUACACAGGCUCUGAUUCGAUUAUGCAUCUCAAUGACUUGAUUUUGAAUUUUCAAAUCACCAGAUUUAGGUUUGAUCCCAAGACGUUACUCAAGGAAAAAAUCCAUGAAAAAAUUGAAUUUCCAGAAUGGAUUGAUAUGUCCUCGUUUCUUGUCACUGCUGCUCAAGACUCUGCAAUAUACGAGCUUAAAUCGGUUUUAUUGCAUAAAGGUUUCAGCGCUAAUUCAGGACACUAUGUACAGAGGUUAUAUUCCCAAAAAUAUGACAAAUGGUUGAACUUGGACGACGAAACUGUGUCCAUCAUGCCUUUCCCUUCAUUCGAGCUUGACGGUUCUAAAGGCAUCUCAUCAAAAUCGACUAAAACUGCAAAUGGCAAACUUGAAAAAACAGCAGCUAAAAGCAAAGUUUUUGUAAACAUCAGUUUAAAAAAACAGUCUUUGAAAAACUCAAACAUUACAGAGAAAUCCACAGCUGUUACAAAACAAGCGCAACAGGCUACUUUGACUUUUUCAUCCUCAUCCGCGUAUCAGCUAACCUACGUACUAUCAUCUAAACGCCUUGUAGAUGGAAAUCUAGUUUUUCCUGAAGAGACAGCUGUAGACUCUAAAAAGGACGCGCACAUGAUCAUUCCAAAGGAUAUGAAGGCGGAAAUUGAUCUUGAUAACCGAGACUUUCAUCAUCAAUUUGAAACCCAAAUCACCAAUAAGGAAAUGACAGUCAACAUACUUGAAGCGGAGAACGUUGCGUGGAAACAAAUAUUUUCUACAUGGCACACAAUGGACGAAAAGACUCCAUUUGUGUAUAUUAUGACCAAGAAUCUUGCGGAAUUGCUCAAAAAGCGUGCAGCUUGGAUAGCCAAUCUGCGAAAAUCACUAUAUGUUUUGGAUGACAAAAAGAAUUCUGAAGAUGAAAUUGCGCCAUUGGAUACUGACAUUGCAGAACAAUCAGAUAAUUUAUGGAGUAUAUCCAAUCACGAUCUUCUAUGCGCACACAGUAAACUACAUCCAGUCAAACUAUGGAUGACGAAAAAAAUCAGCCAGACUGGAUAUGAACUCUUAAAGCAACUAGGUAUAUCAGUAGAUCCAAUGCUUUAUUCUGACGAUAUAUGCAUAGAUUGUUACCAAAAUGUCAAGCAGCGCAUUAUUUCAAACGCAGAACAUCAGAAAAAUGUUAAAAUGGUGUUUGAUGCACUAUCUAUUCGAAACUCAAAAACACAUGACCCAGUUCAACCAGGAUACUUUAUCUCAAAAUCGUGGCUUAAUGAUUGGAAAAAAGGAAUUACUUUUGUAGCACCAAAUAUAGGCAAUUAUAAAAAAGAUGUAUGGUGUGCCCAUGGUGCACUUUCGAUCCACUCGUCUCGUCGGACAUUGAUUUCCUCAAAGUCCCAUGAAAUUUUACAGCAUAUUUUUCCCGACAUGAAGUGUUGUUUGGGAAAUGAUACCGAAUGUGUGCUGUGUAUAGAAAAUCAUGAGCAGGACUCUUUAGAGCAUCGUCCUUUGCGGAUUCGAGCCAAUUUUGAAGCGUCCCGCAAUCAUUCUCUUCCACCAACAUCUUUGGAUAUAAACAGUGUACUUUGCCAAGCUCAUGGCAAUUUACUUUUUGAUUUGGAGACGGAUAACACAAAGGAAACUGUUUUGUCGUUUGUUUCAACAGACGAAUGGAAAGUGAUUCAAGAGAUCUAUAUUUUAGCAGACAAGAAAGCGAUACACGUUCGAUUGGUAGUUGAUGAUGCUGAUAUUCCUUCAAAAAAUGUUCAUUUUGAAGUUGAUCCACCUACAUGUUGGGAAUGUAGAAAGCAGCGUAUUUUAUCAUUUGACAAGACCGAUAUCCAUAUUGUAAAAUUUGCAACACCAAUCGACACUGAUUUUCAAGUGGACCAUAAAGGGUUGGAAUCAGAAGACGGAAAGAAUAGUAGCGAUGCCACUAUUUCCAAAUCAGAUGUACUUUUACUCGACUCAAAAAGACCGUUGAGCAAAAGUCCAGAACCCAAGCCCAACUUACCUACUAAAAAGCGACGAGUCAGUAAACGUAUUCGCUCAGAGCGAUCUGUAGUCGCUUGUAUCACGCCUACCAUGACAGCACACGAACUUAAAUUCAAGGCAAGUUUUCAUAUACCCCAAUUGACUUCAUUGACACCCUUUACUGACAUUUCCUAA